AUGGACGAACAAAACGCGCGACGCAGUUUCAUGGGCGUAAUCGUAUCUUAUGACGAAUUCCAACGUCUCAAAUCCACUUUUGAGAAUCUCAAGGAUGAAAUCUCUGCUGAUAACAACACAUGUGUUGCACCACUUUCCUCGCUUGCAGCGGAUCUCAAGGAAAUCGAACGCAUUUACGUUCCACGCAACUCAGCCAACAUCGGCGAAGAACCGAGUUACAAGAGGGUGGACAAUCCCCAAUCUAAGCCGACCACGCCAAGCCUAGAUCAGGAAAUUCGAGCCACUGAUGAAGAAUUCGAGAGUGAGGUCAACGGCAAUAAUGCAUCCAACGCCAUUAAUCAGAACAAACCACAACUCCAGAUCGACGAGGAGGGAGACUCUCAAGUUGACGAGCAGCAAGAGCAGGAGCGCGAGAUAUCUCAUACAGCUGGUCCAUACUUGAACGCUAUUGCAGACGCCUGUUUCCGAACUGGAUCUGUUAGGCUUCUUUCCAUCCUCACGCCGCCAGACGAGGAUUUGCCCAUCAUGGAAAACACUAUUCGUGAUGACAAGGGCAACGUCAUUGCUAAGAAUGUCUACUACGUCGCUAUACGUAGAUCUGGACCUCAUCUCGGUUCUACUCACCGUAUGCUUGCGGGGCAAAACGAUCAAUCAGAGAAGACCUUCCCCUCGGAAAAGGAGGCUUUUGAAGCUAUCGUGUUGCAGAUGAAGACCAAGGCGAUAUCGAAGAGCAGCGCGAAGCGGCGUCGUUCAUCACUCUCCCGCUUGCAGACCCCAGAUCAGCCUGACGCCAUUGAGCUGCCGAACUACAUUUUUGAGCUCGGUGAACUCAGAAUCACGACCUACGAUCAUCACGAUGGAACCUCCGAGGAUCGUUCUACUUACUGCCAUGUCGUCGUCGAUAUUGCCUCGGCCGAGAAAGCACUAUGGCUGGUGUACAGGUACAAGGGAGUAGAGAACGGUGACAUGAUCACGCGCAAGAGAAAGUUCGACCGAGAUGAGGAUAUGUUUAGCUUUGUUGAAAGCGAGCGCGGAUUCGAUAUUGCACAGAUUGCCAUUAGUUUUCAGGACUGGAUUGACAAAGCCGGAAAUCCGCGCUUGAUUCACAACGCAGAAGGUCUCAUCAAGACCACGUGUCGCCGAGCCGACCCUGAGUGCUCACAUGUCGUUUACGAAAGCUUCUAUGCGAGUUUGAAGCAAGGAGAUUAG